GGCCACCCGGCAGCCCAGUGACGGAAAACUACAACUCCCGGCAAGCCCAGCGAAACAAGAGGGCCUUACAGAAACUCUGUGACGGAAGAACUACAGGUCCCGGCACGCCCCGCGGAGGAAGACGGUCGUCCUGAACCUCGGUACGGGGAAACUAUAGCUGCCGGAAUGCCCCGCGAUACCUCCGCCCGGAAGCCGAGAGCCGGACGACUUCACCUCCCAGCAAGCCGUGGGCCGCAGCCUUCUCUGAGCAUUAACCCUAUGAGGACGCCGUCCUCCCCCCGCGCCCAAACGAGACCCGGAAGUCUCCGCCGAGCCCAGACCUCAGCCCCGGGAACGCCAACGCUGGCCCAGGGCUCCACCGCGAUCGGCCCCCGUCCGGCUCCGACACUGCCGCAGCCGGCGGACACGCUCACCCGCUACGCGUCCGGCACCGCCCCCCGCUCUGGCACGGUCCCGGCCCAGGGCAGCCCCCACCGCACACGCUCCGGAAACUGCUUAGGGCUGCCUUUUCCUAGGGAUCCCCCCUCCCCGCGGCAGAGUCUCAAUCCUGGCCAGCGAUGCUCAGAGGAGGAGGAGGAGGCGGCUCCGUUGUCCCAGACUUCCUGCAGCACAGGCCCAGCCAACAGCCCCUCUGUGAGCAGCGUAGCCUUCCAGCCUCAGCCGCAACCCCUCCCACCUGCCCCAACACCCACAGCUGUAGCCCAUGGGGAUUACAGGGUGUCCUGGUUUCAGCUGGUAUAGAGUUAACUGUCUUCCUAGUAGCUGGUACAGUGCUAUGUUUUGAGUUCAGUACGCAAAGAACGUUGAUAACACUGACGUUUUCAGUUGUUGCUAAGUAGUGUUUAGACUAAAGUCAAGGAUUUUUCAGCUUCUCAUGCCCAGCCAGUGAGAAAGCUGGAGGGGCACAAGAAGUUGGCACAGGACACAGCCAGGGCACCCGACCCAAACUGGCCAACGGUGUAUUCCAUACCAUGGGACGUCCCAUCCAGUAUAGGA